CCGUCUCCUCGCUCUGCCUCCCUCUCCUCCGCCUCUCCUCUCUCCACGGAGGACCGAUGGGAGGAAACGCUUCUUUUUUUUUUUCCUGCAGCGGAGAAAACGCCUCUGCCCCCCGUCGGUCGCGGGUCCGAUCAUCCACAUCCUCACGCUGCACGUCUCCCUCUCCCUCCCUCGCUCUCUCUCUCUCUCUCUUUGCGGGGUGUGCCUGCAUCUUUUUUUUCCCCCUUCUUAUUUCUGUUCUCCUUAAAUGGACCGAGGACAUCUAGCAACUAACUGGAGGCGUCGUGCGGUCUUUGUGUAAAAGCUGAACUGGAUUUACACCUUCCCCGUUGAUGCUGGAAUGAGUGCUGGGGCAGAUGCGCUAAUCUCACCCGUUCUCCGGCCGCUGGGGGUACUAAAGAUGCCGGUACCUGUCCUGGUUUCGUACCGGUUCGGCUCGUCCCGGUAGACCGAUCUUUUUUUUUUUUUUCUCGAUGCUGCAGAAUCCACCGGGACCAAUAAAGAGAUUUUCUUAAGAAAGCGGAUUCAGCACCAGCAUCCAGCCAGAUGGAUAACUACACAGCUUUACCACUGCAGUGUCUGGAAAUGACCACUAAGCGGAAGCUGAUUGGCCGGCUGGUGCCGUGCCGCUGUUUCCGUGGUGAAGAGGAAGUAAUCUCAGUGCUGGAUUACUCUCACUGCAGCCUUCAGCAGGUCCCCAAGGAGAUCUUCAGCUUCGAGAGGACUUUAGAGGAGCUCUACCUGGAUGCCAACCAGAUUGAAGAACUACCCAAGCAACUCUUCCAGUGCCAGGCCCUAAAGAAGCUGAGCAUGCCCGAUAAUGACCUUUCCAAUCUUCCUACCACCAUCGCCAGCCUGGUUAACCUCAAAGAGUUAGACAUCAGUAAAAAUGGAAUCCAGGAGUUUCCAGAUAAUAUAAAAUGCUGUAAAGGCCUGUCUGUGGUAGAAGCCAGCGUCAACCCCAUUACCAAACUCCCAGAUGGUUUCACGCAGCUCCUGAAUCUGACCCAGCUCUUCUUAAAUGAUGCCUUCCUGGAGUACCUGCCUGCUAACUUUGGCAGGCUCUCCAAAUUACGGAUUCUGGAGCUGAGAGAGAACCACCUGAAAACCAUGCCAAAGUCCAUCCACAGACUGACGCAGCUGGAGAGGCUGGAUCUGGGUAGCAAUGAAUUCUCUGAAAUGCCAGAGGUGUUGGAACAAAUACACAGCCUUAAGGAGCUGUGGCUGGAUAACAACUCCCUACAGUCUAUACCUGGGUCAAUAGGCAAGCUUCGUCAGUUGCGGUACUUGGAUUUGGCUAAAAAUCGCAUCGAGUCGUUGGACAGUGACAUCUCAGGCUGUGAGGCCUUAGAAGAUCUGCUGCUAUCCUCCAACAUGCUGCAGCAUCUGCCAGACUCUAUAGGGAUGCUGAAGAAGCUGACCACUCUAAAGGUAGAUGACAACCAGCUGACCUCACUGCCUCACACCAUUGGGAGUCCGAAGCCAAAGCAAGGCCUGUCUCUGUUGGAGGAGUUGGACUGCAGCUGUAAUGAGCUGGAGUCGUUGCCUCCCACCGUUGGCUACCUGCACAGCUUGAGGACUUUUGCUGCAGAUGAGAACUUCCUCACAGAGCUGCCGCGGGAGAUCGGCAACUGCAAGAACGUGACGGUGAUGUCGCUUCGGUCCAACAAGCUGGAGUUUCUGCCCGAUGAAAUCGGACAGAUGACCAAACUGCGCGUGCUGAACCUGAGCGACAACAGGUUAAAGAAUCUACCGUUUACCUUCACCAAGCUGAAGGACCUGGCAGCUCUGUGGCUCUCUGACAAUCAGUCCAAAGCAUUGAUCCCACUGCAGACGGAAGCCCAUCCAGAAACCAAACAGAAGGUUUUGACCAACUACAUGUUUCCCCAACAGCCCAGACACGAUGAAGAUUACCAGUCGGACAGUGACAGCUUUAAUCCUACACUGUGGGAAGAGCAGAGGCAGCAGAGGAUGACUGUGGCCUUUGACUUUGAGGACAAGAAAGACGAGGAGGACAACUCUGGGAAGGUCAAGGUGGAGAUAAACUUAAAGCGCUACCCAACACCCUACCCUGAGGAUCUGAAAAACAUGGUCAAAUCGGUGCAGAGUCUUGUGGGUAAAAGCAUGCAUCCCGGACACGGGCACCAGCACCAGAUGAGCUCAGGCAAUGCCACCUCAGCAGGAACCAACAUGGAGCAUACGCACCACAGCAAAGAGUCGUAUGAGCCACCGUGGCCCCUGCCUCCUAAAGAGUUGAUGCAGGUAUUUGAUUCAUUUGACGGACGAAAUGAAACUGUUUGCCAGGUGACAGACAGAGAGAUGCAGGACUUCUCUCAGUCUCAGCUAAUGGAUCAAGGAUCAAUGCAUAACUCUGGCAUCGACAUUCCCAAGAGGAAGGACAAAGAGGACUUGACAGAGAGCUCUGAGGACUCGAUGGGUGGCUCUCCCAAUGACAUCCGUAUCUCAGACAUGAGGCCGACCCUGGUGGAGCCACCGAUGUACAAACCAAAGGUGGUACUGCUGGGGAAGGAUAAGAAAGAGUCAACAGAUGAGGAGGUCGAUAAGCUCCACUGUCUAAACCACAGUGGUUCCUCGGCCACCUACUCCGACUACUCUCCCUCGCAGGGCUCCUCGGGCUCCUCCAAUCCCUCCGCCAACACGCACUCACACACACACUCCCACACGCACCAACACACUCCUGCCCUGCCGGCCCCCAGUAAGGACCAGGCCCCCCAAACACACUGGACCAACAGACUUGCCCAGUCGUUCCCAAAACCUAUUGACUCCAAGCCCUUGCUGUCUCAGAGAGAAACACCUCCAUCAGGAACCCUGCAGCAACGGGGAGAUCGCCGUCCGCUCAGCGAGCCUUUUGAUUGGUCGGAGGCUCAGCACUAUGACAACACAGGAUUUGAUGCUGAGGAGUCUUCUAUGGACCCUCCAUCCUCUAACACAAGUCAGGGUAACCCCCCGCUGGGCUCCAAACCCCGCAGCCAGUCGGCACACGGUCGCCGGCCCCUCCUCAGGCAAGAUCGAAUCGUAGGAGUCCCCUUGGAGCUGGAUACACAAACGCUCCCCUACCACAAUAACCAGCGCUCCAACCCGGAUAACGACCCGCAGUCCUCCGGGCCUAGUUCCCAGAACCCCUGGCAGAAUUGGACCAGGACCCCCAGCCCACUGGAGGACAGAACCGCUUUCCCCUCAAAGUUGGACCUGACGCCCACGUCAAGCCCCAACCCCGACCGCAAGGACAUGGACUCAAGACUGGAACAGGGCUCGGGACCUUUGCCCGGAAGCUGGACGUAUCACAACAGCCAGGGGGAGCAGAUCAGGAAGGAUCAGCUGAGUGUCAGUGGGGGGAACAAGGUAACGGUGGUGAUGAGCAAAAGCUCAGACCGACUUUCCCCCAUGAUGAAGGAGACGAGGUCCAAGUUUAAGAAGUCCCAGAGCAUAGAUGAGAUUGACAUUGGCUCCUACAAAGUCUACAGUAUUCCCAUGGAAAGCUACAGCUCGUCCAUUGAGCAGCAGACUAGUUUGGACCGUCCAGAGCUCCCUGGUUCCAUGGAGCACACCAGCAUGUCGCGGUCUCAGUCUGCCCCCAUGUUAGACGACGAGCUGGGCUUCCCAGGACACGGAGGCGGCAACCAGAAUCAGUCCGGACACAAUCAGAAGCCUGCCAUUCCCCACAAGGCCUAUCAUUUCGACCAGAACUACAACCCCCAGGUGACCAUGGAUCGCAGGAUCCCUCCCCCCUUCCCCAACACUCCAGAUUACGUAAACCACUCAUCAAAGGCCAUGGAUUACUUGAGCCAGCCUGGAAAGACGCUACCCAAGGAGCUCGUGAGUCCUCGGUACCGCGCAUAUCCACCUCUGGAGAUGUUUUCCUUCCCCCAAACCCCAAUCAACCAGGACGGGCCGCACAGCCAGCAGCAGCAAACCAUGUCCACUCAACGCUCCAGGCCAGGGUUUCUGAGGAGAGCCGAUUCUUUGGUGAGCUCCACUGAGCUGGCCUUGUUUCGCAGAGUUCAUGAAGCCCAGCAGGAGGCGCUGCAGGAAGCUCAGUACAAACAGCAGGCGGACCCCCCUCAUUACAGCCGGGCUCUGGCCUACUCCUCUCCCAUGGAGCACUCUGCCCUGUCCAACAUGUCUGACAACCAAAAUCAGAUGAUGCACAACAAGAGAAAUGGUCGCUAUGAUGAUGACUAUACCACUUACCAGGAGCAGAAGAAGCCCAUGAUUGGUUAUCCGACCAAAAGCCUGACUCAACGUCGCCCCCUGUCAGCUCGGAGCUACAGCACUGAAACCUAUGGAGCGUCUCAGGCCCGCCCUGUGUCAGCUCGUCCCACCAUGGCUGCCCUGCUGGAGAAGAUGCCACCCGACUACACUCUGGCCACCUGUCCUGAGAAACCGUCCGAGGACACCAUCAAAGUAAGACCCGUUGUGCCGCAGAAACCCGAGGACAUCACUUCCAAGAUGCCCGCCGACUGGAGGCAACAACUUCUCAGGCACAUAGAGGCCAAACGGUUGGACAGGAGUGGUGUCCUAAAGCACAACACGCUCACGCUGGGCAUGCUCUAUCAGGGCGGGGGUCUCGGCCAGGGGCGCAGCACCACUUUGAACUUUAACCUUUACAAUAACACUAGGCAUGAGCCCCCUGCUGGCCGCUGGCUGCCACUGCCUCCUCCUCCAUCUGCCAUCACUACGCCUUCUCAGCAGGCUGCAAUGCUGGACAAUGACCAGGAGGAGGUCACAGGGAGCAACCAGUGGGCUCCCUACUCGCUUGGUCGAAGGGACGUUCCACCUGAGAACCACAUGAAAAAGGGUGGACAUUCACACAACCCCUCCCAUCAGUCCCACAACACCAUGAUCGUCACCUCCACCACUUCGUCCUCGGCCACGGUGCCUCAUCGCGUUGUUGGGCAGCAGGUUUACGAUGGUAUGAUGAACAAAGGUGGACAAUACCAGCAAGGAAUGUCUCUGUCUAUAGUGCCUGCAGGUGGCCCAGGGCAGUACCAAGGCAAUGUUUCACAGGCCCUUCCUUCCCCCGGCCAGGCUUACCCGAGUAGCGGCCUGCCCAUGGCGCUGUCAUCGUCUGGAAACCAAUCCCAGUACAACCCCCACACCUCCCAUCAGCCCUCCCUACCUGCUACCAAUCCACAGUAUCACGUCAAUCAGGGCAUGGUGCACAGCAACCAGGCUGCCAUGGCUUCCCAUAACAACCCCAGGCCGCAGAGCGCUCGAUGUCUGCUGCAGACUAAAGGCCAGAAAAGCACGGAUGGUUUUCAAGAGCAGCUGUGCGUGAGAAUUGAGAAGAACCCCGGCCUUGGCUUCAGCAUCUCUGGCGGCAUCAGUGGCCAGGGGAACCCCUUCAAACCCUCCGAUAUGGGUAUCUUUGUUACUAGGGUACAGCAUGACGGCCCCGCCACCUCCGCACUGAAGCCUGGAGACAAGAUACUGCAGGCUAACGGACAUAGUUUUUUACACAUGGAGCACGAGACAGCCGUCUCUCUGCUGAAGAGUUUCCCUCGGACUGUGGACUUGGUGGUCCUGAGAGACAGCAGCACGCGAUAGAAAUAGUUUUAUAAUAAACAAAUCCACUUCCCCAUCUCUGCUCAUCUCCAUACAACUCUACCCCACCUGCCCUCUGCUGGAGGCUUGUGGAGCUGACACAUGAGCCGUCUAUUUCUUCUUCUUCUUCUUCUUUUUUUUUCUUUUUGUAACCUUUAUAAAGGAACACACAGACAUCUAUUUGCCUAUUGCUGGACCAAAGGCAAAUACUAGUGCCAAACGUACCAUGGGAAACAUAUCUUCUCUUCUGUCUGCCAGAGGUCAGGGACCUGAUCGACGGAUGGACAGAGCAGGAGAGGACGCGACACUUUUGAGUUCCUUCAGGGCUGCUGCAGUUUGGAUAUUGCGGUUGGU